CCCUACAAUCACAUAUGAAACCUCACCCUACAUCCCUCCUUCCAACUAAAUCAAAUUCUGGCCGAUAGUUGGAACCAAUGGCUUUCAACAAAUCUUCCACUCUCUUCCUAACUAUUAACAUCCUCUUCUUUGCAGCCACACAGGCUUGCUUCACUUGCCACACUCCAUCUGUUCCAUUGCCUGAAAAACCCAUUGCUCCAAAGGGAAACUGCCCUAGGGAUGCCCUGAAACUGGGUGUGUGUGCUAAGUUGCUUAAUGAUUCCAUUGGGACUGUCAUUGGUAACCCACCGGACCACCCUUGCUGCUCAGCCCUUGGUGGCCUUCUCGACCUUGAAGUCGCAGCCUGCCUUUGCACUGCUUUGAAAGCCAAUGUUCUAGGGAUCAACAUUAAUAUCCCUAUCUCACUUAGCUUGCUUGUUAACACUUGUGGCAAAGAGCUCCCAAAGGAUUUCAUUUGUGCCUAGAAAUGUGGAAGAAUUUGCCAAACACCUCCCUACAUUCAUUGUGUCUACGAGUUUCGUUUUACUUAUUAUGUUUGCUUUACAAUGUGAUUUCCAUGUUCAGUAGCAUUUCUUUCUCAGUUUAGGUGAUUGUUGAGCAUCAACUUGGUUCAGAUGUUCACGUUGUUGUACUUUGAUUUAGCAAUGUAUUGUACCCUUGCAUUAGUUUGCAAUCGAUGUGAUAUAUAAUUGAUUGUUUCGAAUUA